CGCGAUUCCCUUCGUCACCCACCGCCACCGCCGGCCUCGCACCUCGCGCCUCCCCAAAUCCGGCGACCUCCUCUCCCGCCGCAGCCCCCUCCCCUCCCCCUCCUUCCUCCUCCUUCUCCGCUGCUGGAAGGAGAGGGAGAUCCAGCAGAGCGCCGUUCAUGGCGGCGGCCAGAUCCGCCAUGGACGCAGCAACUUGCACCUCCUCGCCGGGACAGGGCAACGUGAGGAGAUGCGGAUGCCAUGGUCAAGGGUCCCGCGACAAGCAGCAGCAGGUCACCGGGCGUCGUCUCGGGUUUCGGGCGUCGGCUCCAACUCCGGUGGCCACCUCAGCAGCAGAGGAGAGGUACGGGGACGAGUUGGGUGGGGAAGCACCAUCACCAUGGACGGCUUCAUCCCCUACAGGCUACAGGACCAGCAGCAGCCAUGGAUGGAGAGGCCAACCACGCCCAGCAGCAGCAGCAGAUCAAGGUCAAGGAGGUUGGCGUUGUAGAACCUGAAACUGAACCUCCCGGAAGUUCUCUCUCUCUUUUUCUGAUUGAUGCAUGUGUGGGUUCCUUCUCAACCCAUGGCAGGUGCCCUCCAGCUCCAUGGACGACACCGAUGGGCGGGACAUUCCCCCACGCCGACGACGACAUCAUCGAGUCCAACCUCAACCUCGACACACGUCCAACCCUACCAUGACGACGCCUCGAACAACCUGCAUGAGUUGAAGCUAUUUAUUAUUGUGUACUUUGAGCUUUAGAACUGUGCAAGUUGUCCCUUUUUCUUUAUAAAUAACUUGAUGACGAAAAUUAUUAUUUUUCGAGGGAAACAAAAGUGCUUGUUAUUUUGUCA